UAAUUUAUUCUCUGUGGACUAAAGAAAAAUACUUAAUACAUCACCAUGGUCGAGUGGACAGAUGCUGAGCGCAAGGCCAUCUCAACUCUGUGGGGGCAGAUCGAUGUGGGGGAGAUCGGACCCCAAGCUCUGAUUAGGCUUCUGGUUGUGUACCCCUGGACUCAGAGACAUUUUGGAUCUUUUGGUAACCUGUCCACCUACGCUUCCAUCGUUGGAAAUGCCAAAGUGGCUCAACAUGGAAAAACUGUGAUGGGUGGACUGGAAACAGCUGUGAAGAAUUUGGACAACAUCAAGCAGGCCUAUGCCAAGUUGAGUGUUAUGCACUCUGAGAAGCUCCAUGUAGAUCCCGAUAACUUCAGGACUCUUGCUGAAUGCAUCUCAGUGGUUGUGGCUGCUAAGUUUGGCCCCAGCGUUUUCACCCCUGGAUUCCAGGAGGCCUGGCAAAAGUUCCUGGCUGUGGUGGUCGCUGCCCUGGGCAAACAGUACCACUGAGGAAAUAUAAAUUACGCAACAGUCUUUG